UAUUAAACUAAAGCCUUCAGCCAUAAGCGCGUUUUCUUCCUUUUUAUUCGGCUUUGGUUGGCUCGGGAGGACGUUUCCUUCCCACAGACCGCUCUUAGCAUUUUGCUGUAAAUUAUUUCCUCUUUUAUUCCUCUCUUUUUCUCGUUUUACGUGGUUUUUUUUAGCUUCGGUGUUCCUGCAAAAUGUCAAGACCCGUGAGGAACAGAAAAGUGGUGAAUUAUUCACAGUUCAAUGAAUCUGAUGAUGGAGAGGAUUAUGAGCCAGGCUCAGAAAAGCCCAAAAAGGUGCGGGCAGCUCCACGGGAAACCAAGCACAAGAAGUCCAAAAACUCACAAGAAGAAAGUGAUGACUCUGAUGACAAACAUUCCAAAUCCAAAAAUGAUUCAGCAGAUGACUUUGGGAGUGAUCAAGAUAAUGACUUUGGAGCAGAAGAGGAAGAUGGAGGAAGCGAUUACGAAGCUAAAAAAGUCAAAAAAGGAAAGAAGCCGAAGGUGGAAAAGCCCAGCAAACGCUCUCUGAAGAGGAAACGAGGUUCAGCAGACGACAGUGAUGAAGAUAAAGUGAGCAGGAAGCCCAGGCAGGUGAGGCAAGCUGCCUCGAAGGCGGCAUCCAAACAGAGGGAGAUGCUGCUGGAAGACAAAGGAAGUGAGGACGAGGAGAAAGAUGAGGACGAGCAGGCCUUCGUUGACCAAGAGUCUGGUAGCGAUGAGGACUUCAUGAUGGACGACGAUGACGACAGCGACUACGGCCAUUCCAAAAAGAAGGGUAAAAAAGUGAUCCAGAAGGGAGGAGGACGCAAGGUGGAAAAGAAGGAGAAGAAAUCACCUAAACCCCGGCUAAAGGCUACAGUCACCCCCAGUCCCAUGAAGGGAAAGGGCAAAGGUCGUCCCAGUGCAGCUAAGGCCCUAGAAAAAUCCUCACCCAAGGAGGAGGACGAACCGGAGAGCGCACCAGAAGACGAAGAGGAAGACGAGGAGGAAAAGAAGAGCACGCCGCCCCCCGCCAAAAAGAAGGAAAAGUCCCCUGAGGAGGAUGAAGAAGAGGAAGAGGAGGACGGUUCAGAAGAGGAUGCACCAUCUGGAGAAGACUAACCAGCUCGCUUCUUUUUUUUCCUCUCGCUUCUUCUCGUACCCUUUUUUCUCUCUAGCUUUAUUUUCCCUUCCUGAGGGUCUUAUUUUUUCUGUGGUGACCUGGCUUUUUUUAAUCAAUAAUUUUUGUAUCACAAACUGCAUCGUCCCAAAUCAUGAGUGUGAAGAAAAUGUGACAGAAUUGUUUUUAUUUGAAGGUAACUGUAAGGAAACACCAUGCUUAUCCUUUUAUAAUGGGCUGCUGCUCUGGAUGGCUUUACACAGGUUCCUUUAUUAUCCAUUACUCCUUAUUUUCUGAUGUUUUCUAAUGCUGGUUUACAGACGCUGUUUACACUUGGUUGUUUUAUGCGUCGUUUAUGUAGAUUGUAUUCUGAUGGUUUAAACCAUGUAGUAAAGUGUCUAUCAAGACCUGAAAUUCUUUAUCAUGCAUUAUGUGUAAAUCAGCUCAUAAACCCCGUGCACCAGCUUGCUUUGUUCUUCUUUUUUAGGUGUUUAUUCAAAAGUUACUUGUUAUUUAGCUAAAAUGCAGCUCAGAUUCUUUAAUCAUGUUUCAGCUAUUUAAUCUAAAUCUAUUUCAAAUGCCUUUCUGGUGAUUUACAUUUAAUUAUGUGCAUUUGUUUCAGUACCGCAGAACAAAGUUCAGUCUUUAGAGCGCUUGUUUAAAGGGUUUUGGUUCUGCUAACAUCUGAGCCGUGCUAGUUCACAUCCAUGGCAAGAACAGCGAUCGGUUGGAACGUGUUGAUUAGCAAUUUUAAGCACACAAUGUCUUUAAGAAGGUACUUUUUGACAAAGUACUAUGAAGUUUGGGACGUAGCAUGUUUCAUUAAACGCUUACCAGUAGCUCGGCCUUUACACAGCUUACUUUUUUUUUACAUUUUCUUUAUGGUUUUCCAGAUUCUCAUUAUGAGAUCACACAGCUCCACAAGUCGUGAAAUGGUUGUUGGUUAUACGAACUGGAGGCAUUAAAAACACUAAGACAUGCAGAGCUGCAGAUCCAGGAUUGGGAGAAAACAUUGAUUAAACACACGUAUUAGUUGUUGUUUUAGUCUUUGUUUUAUAUCUAUAAAAUUGCUUACUAAGAAUACCUGUAAAUUAUUUUUUUUUCUUUUGCAGGAUUAUAGUUGCUCAAUGCCUGGUCAUGGUGGCAUUUUGUCUACUAUGAAUGUUUUCAUUCCAUGGUUUACAUAAAGCCAUUCGUGUUCCCAUGCUUUUGUAUUUGUCUUUAAAAAUCUUUAUGAUUUUCUUGCUGUUUUGAAUGAAAUGGAUUUCUCAGAUUCUUCUUAGUUUCUAUCUCAUUUGAAAUGCACUAUGAUGGAUCUGCUGAUCGAAGGCGUGCAGUUUUAAUAUGCAUUGUGUGAACGUAUUUGUGUGUUGGAACGGUAUGAUAAGUUUUUUGUGUUUCAUUAAUGGACGUCUCAUAAACAGUACCCUUGUCUUGUUUCCCGCCAUCAUGUAAGCUAGAUUGACAUUUUAAAUGUUACAGAAACAAUCAACCACAAUACACAGAUUUUUUUCCUUAUUUUUUUUCUUUUGCAACUCACACUGAACUGUUGGUCCCUAAUCAGCAAAUGGGUCUGUUUACAUCAACUGGAUUGAAAUGCUGAGCCGUUUUAGCAAAUAUUAAACAGAUGAGGCAUUAAUAGUUUGCUCUUCAGACCGUUGUGUCUUCGCAACUCAAUAUUUUCAUGCUUAUUUUCAUUUCAGCUUCAGUCAGUGCUUUAAUAUAAAGAGUUAAAUGAAUUGUUUCAUACAGUCAUUUGCAUGAACAUAUUACAUUGUAAGAUAAAAUUUGUACCCUAUUGCGGUGAGUCUUUUUUUUGUGCCAGGCAUCACCAAGUACCCUCCUCUUCCCCAAUCAUGUGUCAUCUCAAGUUUCUCAAUACAAAAUCUCAUUUUUGGUUGAUUUAUUUUAUUUUUAUUUUUUUUCAUUCUCAUCUGAAUUUUUUGUAAUGUUUUUUUUUUUUUUUUUAAGAAAAAUAAAAAUGUAUCUUGGUUUUAAAA